UUGCAUGCAUAGUGUCACAUGCACACUGUUGUCCGCAGCUAUCAAUGCGUACAUUCGUACAGGAAUAUGAUCACAGCUUUAGCGACUGAUCCAUUGAGAAAAAAACACAGCAUAGUUUGAAUUCUGAUUUUUAACCAGCCAAACAGAAUGAGAGAAAAACUUGUUUUCAUGUAGGCAUUGGAGAAACAUUGCUGGGACAGGUAAGAACAGAGAUUUAAUUGAUAUUUAAAGUCAUUAGUAGCACAACAGUUGCCUUAAUCCCACAUCCAGGAAUCAUUUUUCAUGCACUGUAUUAAAAGAAAUUUGCUUCAUACCAUUAUCGUGAGCCAAGCCAUUGUCGAGAAUUUUGUUAUGCUCUAGAAAGGAACAUGUAGUGCCAGUGGGUGCAAAGGUGGGUGCAAGGGCACUCGAAUGAAAUGCCAUCCAGUGAAGUUAGUGCUCAACGGGGGUCUUUCAUUUGAGCUGGAAUUUGUGCUGAACAAAAGCCAGACUGACCCUGACCAAACACCCACUCAGAAAGCUGUCCAAAGUCAUCUUCUGGUUGGCUAGGCUGUCUGCAUUUGCAUACCCAAAUGGCCAAAUACCUUCAUGUCCAUGUAGGAUUUCAUCUAUCCCUUCUCCUCCUCUCCUCACCCCAUCAUUUAAGCCUCCUUUCCUUCAUCCAUCCUCUCCCCUUUCUUUCCUCCCAGUGUCCUCAUUCCCUUAAUCCACCCACUUUUACUUCUAAAGACUUUGGUUACCAAACUGAACCCCUGGGUCGGCCCUCAGCAGUCACAUGACACAGAUUCAGAGACCCAGACUACAGGCUACAAGUACAAAGCCAUCAACUCACUGCAUGCACACUCUCAGAGAGUAAGAUCAGAAGGCCACUGCACUGUUACACAUCUGAGCAGAGUAACCCUGAGCAACACUGCACUUGUGUAACCUCUCAAAGCUGACACCCAUUCCCACAAGCAGUCUCAUUCUUGCCUUGAAAAUGCCAGCCCCCAACGUGCAGCUGAAGACCUUGAAAAAACACGUUGCUUUGACUGCUGUGUGACUGUGUAAGUUCCUAAAAGGACAUGCUGGUUUGUUUUGUGAAAAGAUCAGAUUUGGAAUUUUUUACAAAGAAAAAUAAUGAUAGCUGUGCAGCUGUUACAUUCUGGACAAAACUCUAGCAAAACACCUGUUUCCAUCCCAACAUCCAUUUUACUGAACAGGUCUGCUGAUUUUUAAUAUGGUCAAUAUUUUUAACAACUUAGGUCACAGUUGUUCAAGUAACUCUGAGGUAUAACUACCACUUCACUGAAUGGCUGUAUGUUAGAUGUGUCUGAGUGAAAAUGUAAAACUCUGACCCACUCAUUUGGCAUCUUCUGACUAAAAAAUGACCACCAUAUGUUGGGCAUGCCACCAUUAAAGCUGAUUUAAACUGAAAAUCAAAACUGCAAUGUCAUGUACGACAAGUCGACCUUGACAGGCUGGUUUGUCAGUUGUGUAACUGUAUUCACACCAAUUGUGAAACCAUGCAAACUUACACGCAACAAGGUGGUUGUUAUAAGGCAACUGCUGGCACAGUGAAGCUAUGUGAAAUAAAGAGAGGCAGGAGUAAAGGGAAACUCCAGCUGUGUGGUGUUUAUUAGAAAUAAUAUAUAACUCUACUGAGUGUGAAACAAAAAGUAGCUUCAUUCCUCAGUCCUUUCACUCACUGCUGCCUGUGUGUUUAAACCAGGGCAGAGCACAAAGUCCGACACUGAUUGGGGGAAGUAAAGAGGAAAAGGAGGAGUUAUUUCUUAUUGCGUCCUCCCCCUUCCCUCUCUUUUAUCCUAUUGCUGAGCUCCCAGAAACACAGAGACCACAUGGCUGGUGGAUUUCGACUCUUCAUAUCUAUGAGUGACGAUGGGAGUGUCAUGGCGGUAGAGGACAUGUGCGCCUGUGCAGUUCCUGCCCUGUCAAGUGCAGCACAGACACGGAAGCAGAAUAUAAGCCUGGGUGUGUGUGUGUUUAAGAAAAGUAGGGGGAGGGACACACACACACACACACACACACACACACACACACACACAGACAUAUUAACAGCCGAUGUAACUGUGGCUACAAUGGAGUGAAGGUUUUUCAAAAGAGGGAGGUCAGAGGAGAGGCGUCUCUUCUUGUGUUAUCAAAGAGAUUGUGUACAUUUACAUUUCCUGCUUUACCUCAUUCCUGCUUCCAUCAUGUCGCUGCUGACUCAUGUGCUGGCGUGUCUGUUCGGGAUGGGCUCCUGGGUGGCCAUCAACGGGAUGUGGGUUGAGCUGCCCCUGAUCGUACCUGAGAUCCCAGAAGGCUGGUACCUUCCCUCCUACCUCACAGUCCUCAUCCAAAUGGCCAACAUAGGUCCUCUCUUCAUCACUCUGAUGCACCGUUUCCGCCCAGGGGCGCUGGAUGAGCGGCCGGUCAUCUACUGCAUUGUGGGGUUGGGUAUCGUUGCUACAUUCCUGCUGGCUUUCUUCUGGAGGCACACGGUGACUGUUGCAGGCUCUUUCCACAGUGUGCCCCUGCUGAUGUUAAGCUUCCUGCUGUCUGUGGUGGACUGCACCUCAUCUGUUACCUUCCUUCCUUUCAUGAUGAGGCUGCGUCCACAGUAUCUCACCACAUAUUUCGCAGGUGAAGGCCUCAGUGGUCUGGUGCCUGCGCUGGUAGCUCUGAUUCAAGGCGUUGGUGUCGUCCACUGUCAAAAUGCUACUUUGUCUAGUAACAAUUCCAGUAUGGUUGACAGUGGAAAGCUAGAAGCUAUCUACCAGCCGGCGAAAUUCUCUGCCCAGGUCUUCUUCGUGUUCCUCAGUGCAAUGAUGGUUGUGUGCCUGGUGGCCUUCAUCCUACUCAACCACCACCCAGCAGUCGCUCAGGAGAGAAACAAUGACAGGUACUUUGGUGGGGAUCUGGAACGUGAGAAGAGAGAACAGGGGUUGUCUCUGCAUGCCCAGGCACCAGAGCAGAAGCCGAUGAUCAGUCCCCUGGAGGCUGUCAGGAAAGAACCCAGGAGCUCUUUUGGGAGGGGGACGUACAGCAGCUUAGAGGUGAUGUUCAUCUUCGUUGUACUGGCUUGGGUCAAUGCUCUGACCAAUGCAGUGCUGCCCUCAGUGCAGUCCUACUCGUGUCUGCCUUAUGGGAACAAGGCCUACCAUCUGGCUGCCACCAUGGCUGCUGUUGCCAACCCCAUGGCCUGCUUCAUUGCCAUGUUUGUGCCAGUAAGGUCUCUUGUGUUCAUGGGUUUCUUGACCAUGUCUGGGACUGGAUUUGGAGCCUACAUCAUGGCUAUGGCUGCUCUCAGUCCCUGUCCUUUGCUGGUCUACAGUACUUCUGGAACUGUAGUUAUAGUACUGGCCUGGAUCCUCUUUGUCCUGUCCCUUUCCUAUGUGAAGGUGAUCAUCGGAGUGAUUCUAAGGGAUGAGGGCCACAGCGCCCUGGUGUGGUGUGGAGCUGUAGUGCAGCUGGGCUCCAUGCUCGGUGCUAUCUCCAUGUUCCCACUGGUCAGUGUCUAUGGACUUUUCAAGUCAGGUGAUGCUUGUAACACCAAGUGUCCUACAUAGACAGUAAAUAUGUUACUGUUAACACCGCUGUUCAAAAUCCAAAUGUAAAUUACACUGUUUUAGUAGUACUGAACCUGUUGCGGUCAUGAGUUUUACAUCCAGCAUCUUGUUUUCUGAGAGGUUAAAUGUGAUCAUCUAUCACUGUAUCAAUCCUCAUUGUUUUUUAUAUUUAUACAUAAAAAGUAUAGUUUAUAAAGAUUGCUGUAUUUAUUGACUUAUGAAAUGGGCUCUACACAAAGAUGGAAAAACAUCUGCAUAUACAUUGUCAGUGUUUUAGACCACAAAAUACUAAAGUGUGAUAAUAUUUUAACACUGAACAUGUUACAAUUCCUUGUCAAUUCAGAGCUCAAAGCUCAGAGCUCAUUUUACUUGAACGUUUAUCAUAUUGUGAAACUGUGAUUGACUGAUGUUGCUUUUAUAAGAACUAAUGGUACUUUUGGCUUUAAAAUGUGCCUUAAUUCUGUAGAAACAGAGAUUUGUGCUUUCUUCAUGUCCAGUGUUGUUUAAACAACUUGCCUUGUACUGUAUAUGUUGCUGUAGUUACUGUUCAACAAAACCAAAUAAAUUUUUGUUUUAUUGUUGCCUAUAAA